CUCCCAGGCAGAUAAUCCUAGAAAACACAGAUUGCACAGAGUUUCCAGGUCUCCUGCCCAGCACCACUCACUGUGCAGCUUUUGCGCUAACGAUCACCACAAACCUUCCUGCAACUGGGUAUGCAUAAGAGAAGGAACGUUUUGGUAUCUGCUCUGUUGAGGACUUGGCUCCAUAGUUCAAGCUGAGCAUCUCGUCUGCUGAUGUGGGCAAGUGGUAAGAUCCACAGUGACCAUGAGGUUUGCUGCCUGGAAAAAGGAAAACAUGUUGAGAGGAUGAGUCAGGCUGGAAUAAAUGAAAUGUUCUCCUCUAUCAUGGGUAUUGGUGAGCUAAAUCAGAGGCUUUGGACCGUGAGCAUUCACAUGGUGAACGUCCCCAUUCCUCUAAGCAAGAGCUUGAUGAGGUCCAUAGGGAGGUGAGGAACAAGUCAAAAGAAGAGAUUGAUGAUGACCUCCUCAGUGCAUUUGGAGUGCAAGUGAGAAGUGAAGCAGGUCUUGGGAAUGCUGCAGCUGUGAGACCAAAAGGCUGGGUGAGUCACGCAGUCUGCAGGGCUCAUGCAGGUGGUGUUCUGAGUGCAGCAGUUGGAGAAGCUGGAAGCAGGACCAGCCCUCACCGGUGAGCAGCUCACGGUGGCCAAUGUAGUGCCACAGGCACCUCCAGCUGCAAAUGACUGCCAGGUUGGUGUUAGGAGAUGGGUUUUGCUAAGCCAGGCUGUGGCUGAGAGGUAGUUUCAGGUGUAAAGCUGUAUGAGUGAGGCGAAAUGACAAAUGUGAGGGUUUGUGGGUUGGUAUGAAAUGCUGGGACAUGCAGGGCAAAGAUCUUCAUUCUUGACAAGGGUUCCCUUUGCAGCCACGCUGGGUGUUACUCACCCGUCUGCUCUCCCGCAUGAGUCAGCGCAAGGAGCUGCCAUCACGAGACUGAACUGGAAACCAGUAUUUCAGCACCCUCCUUGCUCAAGGACUGUUGCUUUGCCACCAAGAGAGGCCACAGCGGGAUGUGAAGAGGCCCGCAUAACGCCACCUGCCUGCCAGCUCCCACACAUUUUCUACUGCCUCUGGAUACUGGAGUCAAAGAUGGAUCUGUCCCAUCGGUUCUCCAAGAGAGAGCUGGUCCUGCUCUACGAGGAGGUCCUCUACACCAUCCGGCACCGCCUGGGCAAGCCUGAGCACCACCAUGUUGCAGACUCGCAGGAGCUCUAUGCUUAUGUGCAAAAGGCUUUUGGCAUGGAUGAGGAGGAGCACAGAGUCAUCAUGCAACAGGUCAAGGAACUGGAGAGUCCAGUUUUCUGCCUGAAAGCAACUGUGAAGGAAGCCAAGGGGAUUUUGGGUAAAGAUGUCAGUGGGUUCAGUGACCCAUACUGUCUGCUGGGCAUCGAGGCCAGGAGCCAGGAACUGGCCCACCCCGACCACAAGAAGCGGAUGAAGGCUGUGGUCAAAGACCUCAUCCCUGAAGACCAGAUCCACCGCACACAAGUCAUAAGCCAGACCCUCAGCCCAGUGUGGGAUGAGACGUUUAUCCUGGAGUUUGAAGACGUGGAGAUGGCCAGCUUCCACCUGGACAUGUGGGACUCGGAUGUGAUGGAGUCAGUGCGGCACAAGCUGGGGGAGCUGACGGACCUCCACGGCCUCAAACGGAUCUUUAAAGAUGCUCGAAAAGACAAAGGGCAGGAUGAUUUCCUGGGGAAUGUGGUCCUUCGCCUGAAGGACCUGCACUGCUGGAGUGACCAGUGGUACCUGCUGGAGCCACGGACAGAGACAUACCCCAACCGGGGCCAGUGUCAUCUGCAGUUCCUGCUGACCCACAAGAAGAGGACCACCAUUAGCAGCCGGACACAGCCAAGCUACACUGUGCAUCGCCACCUCCUGCAGCAGCUGGUGUCCUACGAGAUCCUGCAGCACCAGGCUGGCAGCAUCACCUGGGAUGGGGAGCUGAGCAGGCACGCCAGCACCGUGCUGUACCUGCAUGCCACGCAGAAGGACCUCUCUGACUUCCACCAGGUCAUGGCGCAGUGGCUGGCGUAUAGCAAGCUCUACCAGAGUCUCGAGUUCAACAGCAACUGCCUCCUCCACCAGAUCACCAGCAUUGAGUACCAGUGGGUGCAGGAGCGCCUGAGGCCAGAGCAGAAAGCAGAGCUGGCUGAAUCCUUCCAGUCUUUGCUGACCUAUGGGGUCUCCCUCAUCCGGAGGUUCCGCAUCAUCUUUCCCCUCUCUGUCCCGAGGUCCACAGAGAGGCUCCAGUCCCUGCUCCGGGUCCUGGUGCAGAUGUGCAAGAUGAAAGCUUUCCGUGAGCUGUGCACACUCAGCCCUGAUCUCCCCGGGAUGGUCUCCACAGCGCUCAAGUCAGGCACGAUGGAGUGGUUUCACAUGCAGAAGCAGCACCUCAAACCCAUGGUGAAGAGCAUGGAGGAGAAUGGCAGAGCCUUAUCCAGACUGCUUGUGGAGGUGGUAGGAGAUCUUCAACAGUGCCAGAAAAUUUGGAAUAAAUUCUUCCUCAACACCUUCAAGUUGAACCUCUUCUCUAUCGCCUUUCUGGAGCUGGAGAGCCUGGUUGCGGAGCACAUCCAGGAGCAGCUGCAUGAGAUUGACAGCAGCAUGUCCAAGCCCACAGCCGAGAGCCUCUUCCAGCUCUACAUGAACUUGCAAGAGCUCUAUCGGAUGAAGGACUUCCUCCCAAAGAGGGAGGGGCCUCUGGCUCUGAGGAAUUUCCACCAGUGGUUCAAGGAAGCUGUGCCCCAGUGGCUGCAGAAAGCCUAUACCAUCGCACUGGAGAGGACACAGAGAGCCAUCCAGAUGGACCAGCUGACGCCCUUUGGCGAGCACAACAAGCACAGCACCUCCACCGUCGACCUGUCCACCUGCUAUGCCCAGAUUGUGAAGACCUGGCAGCAGCUCAGCUGGCCAGACCCCGAAGAAGCCUUUAUGAUCAUGGUGAAGCUCGUGGAGGACAUGUGCAAAAUUGCCCUGAUGUACUGCCGGCUCAUCAAGGAGAGGGCAGAGGCGCUGUCGCUGAGCGAGCAGAACGAGGGUGAAGCAGCCAACAGGCUCUGCAUCGUGGUGAACAACAUCAAGCAGCUGCGGCUGCUGAUCUUGAGGCUGCCAUUGCAGCUGGACUGGGCGCAGCUGGAGCAGCGCACGGAGGCUGUCAUUGACCCACAGCAGAUCCAGCACACUCUGCACAACCAGCUCGACAGCACUGUCUCCUGCCUGGACCACGAGAUCCGGGAUGUAGUACAAGCCCUGGCCACCAAGGUGGGACCCAGGCAUGAGGAAGCUGGUGCAGAGGGCAAAAACCCAGUGCCCCUGUGCAUUUCUCCAUGGCAGCUGGAAAAAGGCAUUGCCAGACACAUCCAGGAACUCUCAUCAUCCAGUGACACCCAGGAGCCUGAGGAUUCCAUCAUCCCGCUCAUGAAGUUUCUGGAGUCAGAGCUGCAGUAUCUAAAUGAGCAUCUGGUCCAGGAGAACUUCAACAGCCUCCUCGCUCUCCUCUGGCGUCACACCUUGGCGGUGCUGUCGGCGGCCGCAGGGCAGCUGGGCUCCUCCACCCAACACUACAAGAAGUUGCACUAUGCCCUGAAGAGCCUGGAGCGUUGCUUCCACGCCGACGGCUGCGGGCUGCCUCUGGAGACCCUGCACACCGCAGCCUUCCUGUCGCUGGAGACCCACCUGGCCCUCUGCUCCAGCACUAGCCGCAAGCUCAUCCAGAAAUACUUCAGCAACAGGAUCCAGCAGCAGCUGGACACCAACUCGGAGAAGUAUGGGGCUGUGACGAUCAAGGCGCUGUACCGCCCUUCGGAACAGAAACUCCACGUGGACGUGCUCAACGCUGUCAACCUCAUCCCGCUGGACUCCAACGGCUCGAGUGACCCCUUCGUUCAGCUCACCCUGGAACCCCGGCAUGAAUUCCCCGAGGUGGUGGCUCGGACCACCCAGUGCAAGAGGAACGAGCUGCACCCCCUCUUCGACGAAGCCUUUGACUUUUUGGUGCCCCCUGAGAAGUGCCGGCAGGAGGGGGCCUGCCUGCUGCUGACUGUGUUUGACUAUGACACGCUGGGAGCCAACGACCUGGAGGGCGAAGCCUUCUUCCCCCUCUGCCGCCUGCCUGGCCUUGAUGCUGAUGAGGACCAGGUCAAUGCGGGACAGGUGCCCCAGACCCGGCUCCCCCUCACCCACCCCAAACCCACAGGAGAUGAGAUCCUUCGACUGCUGGAGUCUCGGAAGGGGGACAAAGAGGCUCAGGCCUUCGUUAAGCUCCGCAAGCAACGAGCCAAGCAGUCCAAGGAGACAGAGUGAGGGAGGUGGAGAAAGAGGGUCCCAAGAGGGGGUCUGCCAAGUGGAACCCCAGGAGUUCUGCCGGUGCUGGAGCUGCCCAUUGGUGCCUGGAGGACAGAGGAGGUCUCCAUGUCCCUCGCCACUUCCCCAUGCCCAUCUCCCUCCCAUCUUUCGGUAGUGAUGCUCCCAGGAGGCUGGGGAGCAUGGGAGCACGGUGUUUCAGGGAAUUUCUUUGCCUCUUUGGACUAGCAGCACUACACGGGGGAUGUGGAAGUGUCCUGCUGUCCCUGCCCGUCCCCAUCAGCUUGUCCUGGCCAGUGCUCAUCGCCUAGGCAUGUCCCCAGCCCUCCCGUCCGCAACAGGCAGUGCAAACGCAUCGGCAUUUACUGUGGAUGGGGACAACCUGUUUUAUUUUUUCCCUUUUUUCUCUUAUUUCUUGUGGAUGAACCUCUUAUUUUAAAUUAAAAGCACUGAAGCUGAAACACGGGCUAGAUCUGUGCAGAGGGUGCUGUGAGCAGCAACAACCGCGCAGCGGGUGGGACAAGAUGUUUGGGGCACGAGGGGCUGCCCCUCUUGCCAGGGUUAAGCCGGGAAGGGGUGCUUAGCUGUGGGAUUGCAACGGCAGGAGAUAGCACGGCAGUGACUUUGUCCAAGUUUCCCAUGGGAAACGGGAUGGGGAGCUGGGAUGGUGCUAAGCCCCGUGCUGCCAGUGAGGAGCUGGGCCAGAAACCAGGAGCAUAGGCUAGGCAGCAGCUGCGCCCAAAGAUGCUUUUUUCUUCCCUCCCAGCCCUGAGGAUUUCCUGCAUCCCAGGCUGUGGGGAGGGCUUGGCUGUGGAGAAUCCGCCUGGCUGUUUUCCUCUGCAGGGAUCCAGGCAGCAUUGCUUUGAUGUAGAGACCAGUGCAGAACAUUGCCUGCACUGAGGUGUAAAUGGGAAAGCUGUGGCUGCUGAGCAGUGCGGGAGGCAGCAAAGCUGAGCACAGCAUGGCUGGUGUCCCUCAACAUCCUGAUGGGGUGGGCAAAGCGGGGUUUUGGCCUGAUAAGACCACAGAUGCUGGGUCUGUCUCAGGGACAGCAAAAGGCUUUAAGGAUGGGCAGUGCAUGGUGGUUUGGUGAUGGAAACAAAGGGACUCAGGUAGAUGUGCAUGUCCCCGGGCUGGGUGAAAGGGGACGGGAGCAGGAGCCAUCCAUGCCUGCACUGGCGCCGGCACCUCCAAGUGAGCAGUGUGGGUUUGUUUUUUUCCUUUUUUAAAACACCCAUAGCUCCUGUGGGUGUGUGUGUUUGAUCACAGCAGAUACAGGGCGCCCACAGGGGCUGAGGGAGCCUGGGCACCUGCUGGAGCCUGGGCAGCAGCGAGAGCAUCGCAGCCCCCAGCCAAACCGUGUGGCCCGUUGGGCUGCUGAGAGCCCAGUGGCAGCGUGCAGAGCUCUGGCAUCACCCGAGCCUGUGCCAGGGCUCCAUGUCCCCCUGCCUCAGAGGCUCAUGAGACAACUGCUCCACAGGCCGCACCAUGCGGGUACCAGCAAACCCACUCAGUGGGGCAGAGGCUGCUGUUUGCAGGGGUUUUGAUGCUUGCUUCAGCUGCAGGUAUUGCUAAUUAUAAACCUGAAGCUCCCUCCACCCCGACCCUGCAAGAGGAGGCUGUGCUUGAGCUGCAGCACAUCCCAAGAGCUGCUGCAUCCCGUGAGAUUACAGGCAUCACGCUCCCAGCAGCGGAGCUCCAGCUGGGCCCUUGGUGGCUGAGCAGCUGCUAGGUCAGCUUGGGUCAAGCUCUGGCUGGGGGGUGGGAGAAGAAAGCUCCUUUGGUGUCUGUGUGCCAAGGCCUGACUGAGAUGAGCCCGCAGCAGGGAUUAGGGUGCUGCUGGAAGCAGGGAAGCCAUUUGUGGGCCAGAGCCAGCAACUCCCCCUGCCCACUCUGCAGCUGAAUUGGUGCUGGCACCCAUGUGCGGCCGGCCUUGUGCCUGACUCUGCGGGGCUGUGGCACUGGGCUAGCUUGUGUCCAGGAAUUGCGGCGCAUGGGGCUGCCCCCACCCAGUCACCAGCCAGCCUCUGUUCUCAGCUGGGUCUAUGUUAUCCAAGGUGGGUUUAGCUUAACUUCUUCUCAGCUCCAGGCAGCUGUAUGAGUCUUUUCCCACACCAAAAGCAAUCAUACUCUGGAAAGAUUAAUAAACCUUAAACGAGCAAAGCGUGACCAACCCCAUGGGGCAAGAGAACAGCCUAAGCACUAAAAAAUAUGGCUUGAAGCACAUGAACCCCACUCCUAACAAAUGCAAGACUGAGAAGGAAGACAUCCCAUCAUGUUACCCAGGGAAGUUGUGGCUGCCCCAUCCCUAGAGGUGUUUGAGACCAGGUUGGCUGGGCUCUGAGGCCCCUGAUCCAGUGGGACGUGUCCGUGCCCAUGGCAGGGGGUGGAGCUGGAUGGGCUUUAAGGUCCCUUCGAACCCAACCCAUUCUGUGUCUCAACUGCUUGCAUCCCUUGCCAAAGGACAGGCACAGGCAGCACUCACCUCACCCUGCCUGGCUGCGCAGAAAGAUCAGUUCUUAGCCAGAUCCAGAAUCUGUGUGAUAAAACACCCAAUACACCCUUUGCUCUGUGGUUUUGCCAUUCCCAAAGGAGUCCCUGCCUCACCUGAUGGCUCUGCAUCAACUUUCCCUCUCUGCCAUUGCACCUUGACCAUAAAGGUGACAGGCAACCUCCAAAAAGGGCCCCGAUCUAGAGGGAACUUGGGGAGAAAUUACAGGUCACGUGAAAGGGAGAAGGCAGAACCACAGCCAAGUACUCAAGGUGUUGCU